AUGUUUGCCUGGCCGUCACCGACGAACGUUCCGGCACGCAUCACUGAUUUCCAGGCCAGCGGGCUGGUGCUGACCGUGCUGGGAGAGCGGUUGGUGCAGCCGGUGAUUCUGGAGGAGACCACGGACAGCCGCUACAGCCCCAUCGACGGCAAGCAGCGCCUGGCCUCCCUUCUCUCCUUCCUGAACGGUGAGCGGCUGUGGGAGCACGCGCCGGUGGAGCUGGUAGUGAGUAAUGAUGACGAUGACGAGGACGCGUGGUUCCAUGGGAAGACCUACAAGGACCUGGGUAAAGAGUGGCAGCGGCGGUUUGGGAACUACACGCUCCACUGUGUCAUCAUCACGAACGACACCGACCCCGACGUCAUCUUCAAGAUCUACGACGACCUGAACAGCGGCGGCAGAGACCACACCAAGCAGCAGAUCCGCAAGGCGGCGUUCCACGGGUCCUACAUGUCAUUGCUGGAGGACCUCAUAAAAACUCCCGAUUUCAAGGAGGAGGUGGACCGGGAGCUGGUGCUGCGCUACUUUGCAAUGAAGAACGGCGGCGAUGACUUCAAGGGCAGCCUGACCAAGUGGCUCAACUCCGAAGCCAAGCAGCGCCGGAACGCCGACACGGCCGCGUUUUCGAGGGACUUUUCAACCACCUUAUCUGUGGCGCGGGCCAUCUUUGGCAACUCCGCGUUCAGGCACCCAGGUGUUGAUACAGUGAAGAAGGCCAAGGCGUCCAGCAAGGGUCCGACCUCCAACAUACACCCAUACCUUUGGGACACCAUAAUGGUGGUGCUGUCGGACGCGCUGAAGAUGCAGGGCAGGCCGCGGCUGCAGCAGCGCGGCGACGCCAUAAAGGCGGCCUACCAGCAGCUCUGGCAGAAUCCCCAGUGGCUGGACGCGAUGGAGAAGCGCCUGUCAGCCGCCUCCAUCAUGCUGCGCCGCGACCUCUUCAAGGCACACAUCCUGCCGCCCGACGGCUUCGUGUGA